AUGACUCAGUCGAUUUCUAUGGUUUUCAGACGCAAAGUACAAGACUUCUACCAGCGCACCAGUCUGUCGGCCUACUGCACCGCCUUCGCAUACCGCCCCCUGUUCAGUGGCGCCGCCCCCGCACUCUCAGCCAUCUACAUGGAGCUGCCCACCGACAGUCAGAUGCUCUACAACCGGCACAACCAUCUGCCUUUGGAGAUGGCUGACCUUGACGGCAUCGUUCAAGGUCACCCGCAACAGCUGAUCGGUGACGAGGCGGGAGCUGGUGGUGAUGAUCUCAAUUCGCACGAUUCAAUGUUUGAUGAUGAGGAUGAUGAUGAUUUAAUGGAGGAGGCGGAAAUCGACGACAUCGAAGGCUGUUUCAAGCUACAGUGCAACCAGAUCUUCAUUGGAAUGGUGACCAUGCAGUACCAGGCACAAGCAGAUAUUGUACAACUAAUCGAACAGCUGGAGAGAGCCUGUAUCAGGUUUGUCCACUUCAGCAAAGAGAACGAACUCAGAUCGCGAGUUUUCUCAGAGAAAAUGGGACUUGAAAGUGGAUGGAAUUGCCAUAUAUCGCUGCUCAGUGAGAGAUCAAGUGGUGGCCAUCAGACCUCGUCAGCAGCAGCAAACGGUCUCGACUUGUCGUCGUUGGGUGGGACGGUGUCAAACGCGGCCGCCGACAAAGUGGGUGGGACGCCGGCAAACGCGGUCGCCGACAAAGUGGGUGGGAUAGCGUCAAACGCGGCCGCUGACAAAGUGGGUCGCGUUGACAGCGGCUAUCAGCUGUGUGCCGAGCAUUCAAACCACUUUGACGACUGCCACCUGUUAGAACCCCUGCUCAAUUGGUAUGCGCAUGAUCAUUCAUUUCACUCUAAUCUCACUCAUUUUACUAACAAAAACACUCAUUCUAUCACAAAAUUAAUUAUUCUAAUUUACUUCAUUAAUUUCACUUGAAAACCACUCAUUUCGUUCUCUAAAGCAUA